AAUAUCGUACGAUUUAGUGUUAGUAAAGUCUUUAAUGUUGGUGAAUUACACGUUUACAAAUUACACUUUACAGUGGAGAACAGUAAAUGAAACUUAUUUUGCCUUAGCUGUUUGAUAUAAUGAAAUUUGCUGAACAUUUAUCUGCACAUAUAACGCCUGAAUGGCGGAAACAAUAUAUCACUUACGAGGAGAUGAAAGUGAUGUUGUAUGCAGCAAUGGAGACAGCACCAUCAGCAGAGAUUGUUGAACAAAGAGAAAUUACCCGAUAUUUAGCAAUGUUUGAUGAAGAAUUUUUUCAUUAUUGUGACAAGGAAUUAGCAAAAAUAAACACGUUUUUCUCAGAAAAGUUGGCGGAAGGAACUCGUAAGUUUGGCAACUUAAAGACAGAGUUAAAUAAUGCUUUAAGAGUUGCUGGUAUAAAAAAUAAAACUGAAGGAAAAAGGUAAGCUUGCUUUGUGGCAGUUCUUAGUAAGUAACAUAUGUAGCAGGAAUGAAAUGUAAAAGUAGAUAUAACUGUGAUAAGAACACAUGAGAUGGAAGUGCUGGCUCGCCAGUUUAUAUCUCUGUGGUAAUCCAAGAUGUUAUAAUGACACUCGAU